AUGCCGCUGCACCGGUACGCGCCGCGGCUCUGGCCCGCCCUGCGGCUGCGGGAGGGCAUCUGUGCGCGGCUGCCGCAGCACUACCUGGCGGCGCUGCAGGACGAUACCCCCCCCACGCCCGUGCACUGGCGGCCGCUGGGCGUGCGCUACCGGCGGAACCCGCGCACCGGGGAGCGGGAGCGCGUGCAGGACGUGCCGGUGCCGGUGUACCUGCCGCCCGCUGCUCACGAGGGGCUCUGGGGCGGCGAGGGCUGGAUCCGCGGCUACCGAUAUGCGCGCAAUGACAAGCUCUCCACCAGGCUGCCCAAGACGUGGAAGCCGCAGCUCUUCGACCGGCAGUUCUACAGCGAGAUCCUCGAUGCCACACUGACCAUCACCGUCACCAUGCGGACGCUGGACCUCAUCGACGAGGCCUACGGCUUCGACUUCUACAUCCUCAAGACUCCAAAAGCCGAUAUGUGCUCCAAGCUCGGGAUGGAUUUGAAGCGAACGAUGCUGCUGCGACUUGCACGGCGGGAUCCUAAACUGCAUCCUGAUGAUCCCGCCAGAAGAGAGGCGAUCUAUAAUAAGUACCAGGAAUUUGCGAUCCCAGAAGAGGAAGCUGAGUGGGUUGGCUUGAGUUUAGAAGAAGCAAUAGAAAAACAGAGGCUCCUAGAAAAAAAGGACCCUGUCCCGCUCUUUAAGGUGUAUGCUGAAGAGCUCGUCAACCAACUGAAAGAACAAGCACUGCAGAAGCAGUAGAAUGAAAGAAACCUUUGGAGCAAAACCCCUGCUGCAGAUCAAGCUGUGGGGUUCAGUGAGUCUUCUGUCUGAACCACGUCUGGGCCGCAUGAGGAGCGUGCCCAGGAGCAUGUUGCAGUUAGUGAAGUCUAAUUACAGCCUAAAUUCAGUGAGGAACCGUUCCUGUGGGCUGAGGAGAGAAUUUCUGUCCUGCGGCCUCUGAAAGCGUUCUUGUAAGACUGACUUAAUGGGGUUCUUCUGCUUGUACAAGUAGCUGGCCGCUGUUGAGAGCUUGAUCACGAUAUAAAAUGAAAUAUGCAUUUUGGGAA